AUGCGUACAUCUGAAUUCGAGUCGAGUGGCAAUGACCACAACAACGUAGAGAAGAUCGAGGAAGGAGUGCAACGGAGUGCAACUCCGGACGAGGUCUCCAAGACCGAAGCUCUCGACGAUGAUCAAGAAGUCUUCAAAAGCGGCACCGGUAACACUGACUUUCGCGCCCUCGGAUGGAUCCGAACUACGAUCAUCCUCAUGAAACUGUGUUUUGCGACCGGUGUGCUGGGAAUACCAUCCGCUUUUCACGUCGUAGGAUAUGGGCCAGGAAUCAUCCUUCUGGCCUGUUGGGGCUCUAUGACGACCUAUUACGCCUGGAUCAUGUACCUUUUUCGAAUGAAGUACCGUGGCAUUCACAACAUCGCCGAUGCUGCUGCUGUGUUGGGAGGCCCGAUUGCUCGCGAGAUUGCUAGUGCUAUAUUUCUCUUGACUUGGAUCCUUGCCACCGGCUCAGGAUUCGUUGGACUGGCACAAGGAUUCAAGAUCCUUGCCAACGGGAAAGUCUGCACCGUCGUCUGGACUAUGGUUGCUGCCCUUUGUACAGCGGUAGUGGCCAGUAUUCCGACUCUUGGUAGACUGGCCAUUCUCACUUGGAUCGGAUUCGCGUCGAUUUUCACGGCUGUCUUCAUUGUCGUGGUCGGUGUCACACAAGUCGAGAGACCAGCUGCGGCUCCCCAGUCCGGCCCAUACGAUCUUGGUGUCACCGCAGUUGGAGUCCCCGGCUUCGUUGCGGGACUCACGGCUACUCUCAACCUCUUCGCUGGCUAUGGCUCUACCCCAACCUUCAUGCCAGUCAUUGCGGAAAUGAAAGUACCAAAGGCAUUCCCGAAGGCUCUGUUUUCCUCUCAGGGCGCGCUUUCGGCUUGCUACAUUAGCUUCGGUGUCGUUGUUUACCUUUAUUGUGGUCAGUAUGUUGCCAGCCCAUCUCUGGCAAGCGCCGGUGGUACGUUGGAGAAGGUUGCAUACGGAAUAUCCAUCCCUGGUUUCAUCAUGACCUCGACUCUAUGGGUUCACCUUGCCGCCAAAUUUGUUUUCGUCCGCAUUCUCCGUAACUCUGUACAUCUACAGAGCAACAGCAUCAUCCACUGGGUGACCUGGCUAGGAUCGACUAUCGGAAUUACUGUACUGUCCUUCCUCAUUGCGGAGGCUAUCCCCUUCUUUAGCUAUCUGCUCGGGCUUAUUGCCUCAUUCUGCUGUGCCCCAACCUGCUUGAUAAUCCCUGCUCUGAUGGGCCUUUACAUGGACAAGGGCAAUCAUGCACUGAACUGGAAAAAGAAGGCAGUUUUCGUAUUGCACUGGUUUACUGUAGUCCUCGGAUCUUUCCUCCUCGUCGCAGGCACGUAUACGACACUCCAGAGCAUCAUCGACGCAUACAACACUGGAGCUGUUGGCGGAGCGUUUACUUGUGCCGCGUAG